GAACCGCGAUUCUCGGAAUCGACGAAUACAUGAUCUUAUACGCGAAGAAUCAACUGAAUGAGUGCUAUGUUGUGUAGUGGCUUAAAAUUAACAAAUUCUGUUCUAAUGUGGUGUUCGUGCUUCGUGUUCUGGAACACAAGAGAUUGCUCCACACUCCAUUUAAAUCGAGCUGUCUGUGUUAUUAAUGUGCAAUAACAGUGCUUGCUGCUUUUUCGCUUUCGCAAGUGAAAACGCUAGUUUCGGCAAUAGCGCAAGCCCACCCGCAACCGGUGGCAAUUCGCCGCGCUGUUCCGCAAGCAUCAAACCAAGCCGCAAAAGUGCAAAACCGUAAAACUAACGUGUCGAAAGCAAUAGCGGCCGAAUAAGUGCAGCCAAUACUGGCAGUCAGUCGAGUCGGGCGAAAAAGGUGACAACAUAUAAGUUGGCUGCGAAAUUGACAGCAGACCCUGCGUGUGUAAAAGGUGAAGAAGAGAACGGUAAUGUGCAUUAAAUUAUAAUAACGCUAAAGUGAUACAAUUAGCGAAAAGAGUAAAAGCGGAGAAUCAAAGUGUUGUAACCGGUUUCGGCGAAGAAAACGUGCUUAGCGAACUGACUAAUCACAACUAAACGGAGGUAUGCGGCAAACAAAGUAAGCGAACCGGUGUGCAAGUGAAUGCGAAUGAAUGAACAAGCCGGCAACUAUCGACAAAAACAAUACCAGCGAUUCAUCGUCGGCUUCUCCCGCAUCAUCCACUACACCAUCGUCCCUGUCGUCAUCCUCGACCGCAUCGUCGGCUGGCGGUUCGCUUCGGGGACUUGGCAGUGCACUGCGGCAACUUCAGCAACACCAACGAAAACGUAACUUUCUAACCGCACCAGCACAGUCAAGCCCCGUUCCAGCCGUAGCAACUGCCGCAAUCGCCGCUGCCGCCGCCACCGCCACCACAACCAGCACAAUGCUGCUAACAAGUGCCCACGAUCAUCAUCUCAACUUUGUGAUGGGUUUCAUCAAGGAGGAUGAAAUCUAUAACAGUGGCAAUUCUUCCUCCUUCUCCAGUAGUGGUGGAGGUGGUAUUGGUGACGGUAGUGGAGGUACGGCAAGCUCCUCGAUCGUUUCGACAACCACGGAUACCUCGUCGGAGGACAACUCGCUUGUGGUGCCCACAUUGACGUCGAGGCUUCUUGACAGCCUAAACGAUGAUAACAAACAAAUCAACCACAAUGCAUCACCAUUCCGGCGCUGGGGUCAAUCAUCGCUACGAUCUCGUUCAGGCGAACAGCGGACACCGGGAUCGUCCCACCGGAGACCAUCGUCGUUGGCCGCUUCGGAAAGUGACGUCUAUACGAAAUCUAUCGAUGACGAUUACAGUUCGACGAAGAGCGGAUACAACCCGUACGCCGACGCAGCAGCCGGUGGUAGCCGGCUGCCGUGA